AUGCAGCUCCGCAGGCAACCGCUUUCCGCUCCCCGGCCGGGGCACACGCGCCCCGCGGCCCAGCGGCUCGCGGUACCGCUGCUACUGCUGCUCGCCCUCCAGGGGGCGGCGGCGUCCGGGGAGCCCGAGGACUCCGGGUGGCUCCAGGACGCGGAGCCCUCGAGCCGGCUCCUCUCGCAGGCGGCGCGCGCGGCGCUGCACUUCUUCAACUUCCGCGCCGCCUCGCCCAGCGCCCUGCAGGUGCUGGCGAAUGUGCUGGACGGCCGCGCGUGGGUUAAUCAGAAGAAGGAAUAUAAAUUUGACUUGGUGUUUACCACAGAAUUCUACAGAGCAGAGGAAGGUGAGAAACGUCUGGGAACAUGUUCUGCUCAAGUAUUUUUCAGGAAUGAUAAACCCAGACCAGCCAUUAAUGUGACAUGUACUCAGCUCAUUAAGAAGGAGAGGAGACAGGAAGAGGAUUACCAGCUCUACAAGCUCAUGAAGCAGCUUAAAAGCCCCUUGAACGCAGUCAGGAUUCCUGACAGUCAUGGAUAUAUUGCUCCAUCCCUGAGACCCAUCUGGAACCUAGCUUUUCUGGGCAGCUCUUACGUGAUGUGGCAAAAGACAACGCCGUUUCUACACUACUUCAUGUCACAGAUUAGCAGUGUCAAGCAGUGGAAAACAAAUGAUGAUGCAAUUGAUUUUGAUUAUACUGUUCUACUCCAUGAAUUCUCAACACAGGAAAUUAUUCCCUGCCGUAUUCACCUGGUCUGGUACCCCGGCAAACCACUGAAAGUGAAGUACCACUGUCAAGAGCGACAGACACCAGAAGAAGGCUCUGGAACUGAAGAAGGAUCGGCUGUGGCACUGACGGAGCUUAGUAAUUUCUGAAAAGCAAGACAAAUCUGUCUAUACCACAUUCUAAACAAAAUGACUGUACUCUGCAUUAAAUAGCCUAAAUCAUUAUUCUAGUAAAACAGCCAAGUGUAAGGCAAUCUAAUAAUUUAGGAAAGCCUGUGAUUACAAAUAAAUAUUCA